AGAAUUCAGCUGAGUGUUAUAUCUGGAAAUGAACAGAGAGAUUGUAUCAAGACCAAAACUGAAAACACAGGUAACAUUUGGUGAGGUUUCUGAUAAUAUGGGAGAACCAGAGAGGACGUUUGAGAGGACAGUGAGCAGAGACUCAGGAGAUGUAGGAGGAAGGUAUGAAUUGAAUGGAAAAGAAGGCAAUGAUGGAAAACGCCGAGGAGAACGUGAUAAACGACGAAGGGAACUGGAACAUCAAACUAGCCGAGCUAAUGGAGACAGGGACAGAUACAAAGAUGAUGAUCGGGAUCGAAGAUCAAAAGAUGAUGAUCGGGAUCGAAGAUCAAAAGAUGAUGAUCGGAAAGAUGAUGAUCGGGAUCGAAGAUCAAAAGAUGAUGAUCGGGAUCGAAGAUCAAAAGAUGAUGAUCGAGAUCGAAGAUCAAAAGAUGAUGAUCGAGAUCGAAGAUCAAAAGAUGAUGAUCGAGACCGAAGAUACAAAGACGAAGACAGAGAAAGACGAUACAAAGAUGAAGACAGAGAGCGUAGACACAAAGACGAUGAAAGGGACCGAAGACCAAAGGACGAGGAUAAAGACCGAAGAUACAAAGAUGAGGAUAGAGAACGCAGAUCAAAGGAUAGUGAUAGAGAUCGAAGAUCAAAAGAUGAGGACAGAGACCGCAGUACAAAAUAUAAGGGGGAGGAUAAAGAGCGUAGAUCAAAAGACAGCGACUUAAAGGAUGACCAAGACAAAGAAAAAAGAUCAAGCAGAAGCAGAGAUGAGUCUGAUUACAGGUCAUCAAAACGACAUGUAGACGAUAGACAGAGUUCCAAAUAUGAAUCAGAUUCCAGAAGAGAGGACAGAAGGGAGUACAGGGAGUACAGAGAACAAAAGGACUCCAGAGAGAAUAGGGAUUCCAGAACUUCUGAUCCUGAAAAGAGAAGAGCAAUAAAGUCUAAAGGAAGUUCUGAUGAGGACACCUCAUCUCUAGUUGACUCUGUUAAAUCUAUAAACCUAGCAGCAGAGGAACAACCAAUACCAGUGGUUGAACCAGUUGCCCCUAAGACAGCAGCUAAAAAGAAGUUUGCAAGUAAAAUGAGAAGUAUCGUCAGCGCAGUUAAGACAGCUCAGCUUCUAGAGAAGAGUCGUCACAACACUACAAGUGCAACCUUUGUUCCUAAAUACGCUAAGGAGGACAUUGUUCGAACUGGGCAUAUGGAGUAUGAUACUCUGUAUGCUAGCAAUGAGCGUGAGACUGGUGAACUGACGGUCAACUCUAUAAAUGCUCCGAAUGAGUCAACUUUACAGUGCGGAUGCGAGAAUAUAAACUGUCCUUUCUGUAACCUUAUGAUGAGUAUUGGGAGUACAGAACCAUCCCUUCUUCAAUAAAAAUAAGGGGUUUCUGGCGACCAAAUUGUGAAACUUUCAAACAAUAUUCCAUCACAAUUUAACCAUUUCAAUGCAUUUCUAAAUGUUUUUUUCAACUUUUUAUUAAAGAUUAAUAUUUUCAAGGGUAUCCUUUGGAAAAAAUCUUGUUAAAUGUGUUUGUGCCAAAGAAACUAUAAUAAGUAAAAAUAAUAAUAAUGAUGAUUUAGCAAAUAUUUUUAAAUAUAUAAGACACAAUGUUAAAUUGU